UCAUGUGACUCCGAGCCCGGCGACGGGUGUCUGUUACCCCGGCAACUGCAGGGCCCGCACAGACAUUUGGGGAAAGCGCGGAAUUCAGACGCCGAGAGCUUUUAAUGUUGUAAAUGCUUUCGAAUGUUUACUCUGGGAAGUGAAAAUUAUUGAUUAUGGCUCGCUAUUCCAAAGAAGAGCUGGAUGAAGAAUUUGAACAGUUUAUGAAAGAGCUUUCAGAUGAUUCUUUUGAAAAUUCAAAUAAAACACCUCGGCAACCUAAAAAAGAAAUGAGAAAGAAAGAUACAGUGCCUUGGUGGAUUACGGAAGACGAUUCAGAAGAUGAUGGAAGGCCUGGCACAAAUGUAAGUUAUUUGAAAACAAAGAAGACUUCUCAGCCUGUUAUGGAAAUAGAAGAUGAUGCAGCUGAAAAGAUUCAAUUACUUAAGAGCAGUGGAACCUCUAUCUUAAGUAUUGACAGCUUAGAAACAAAUGAACAAAUAGUCUCUGAGCUUAAUCAUAGUAUUGUUGGAUUGGGAUUGGACACACUAGAAGAACAAGAAGAGAAAGAGCAAUUUUUUGCCAGGCUUGAGAAGGGCUUGACAUCUUCCAUCGAUUAUUCAAGAUUAAAUAAGGAACUGGAUUCUCAUGACUCUGCACAUUUUAAAGCAUUACACAGUAAUGAAGCCAAUAUAGAACUGACUGAAGAUGAGCAUGAGAAUGAAUCAAAACAUGAACAACUGGCAGAAAAUUACAGUGAUGACUUUGAAGAUGAGGAAGAUGUUGAUGUACAUUUAACUACUAAAGACGAAGAGAUUCAUUCCAAAGAAAAUUCCAAACCAGAAAAAAUAAAUGUACCCAAACAGGAAGAAGAGAAAACUGGCAUGCUAGCUAAUGUUGUGCUGCUUGAUUCAUUAGAGUCUGUUGCAGAGGUCAACCUUGAUGAACAAGAUAAAGCAACAACAAAACCAAAGGCCCUACCUGAAAUGGCUGAUAGUGAAAUGAUAGAAACAGGUGUCUCUUAUGGACAAAGCAACAGUGACAUUGAAGCCCUACAUCAGGCUUAUUGUCAUAUAGCCCAUUCUCUGGGAGAUGCAGAUGGACAAAGAAUUGAGAAUAAUGCAAUGGAAAAUACCAAGAGCUCUGUAAAAGAUCAUCAGGAAAAUGAAGAGUCUUCAAGAAACGUUUCUACCACUGAGUCAGAUCUUCCCACAGUAGAGGAGCUCAUGAAACCUAUCAGAAUAGAUUCCUUUGGGGUCAUUGGUUUUGAUUUACAGCCUGUCAGCUCUCGGAAAGUGGCCGAAAAUAAAGCAACUGAAUUUGUUAACCCCUUACUUCCUAAGAUGAGCCCAAAUGUAGUAUCUCAAGACCCACAACAUGUUAACCAGAUUUCUGGCAAAAAUGAUGAGAAUAUGAUCUUAGAAAACACAACAGAUGAUGGUGUGGAAGAUAGCUGUCCAAGAGUAACUGCAACAGAAGAACACAUUGAUAAAACGUACCUUGAUGUUUUGAGGAAAAAAAUAUCUGUUAAUUCUUCAUCAUUAUCUCAGGAUGACAAAGUUAAUAAAGCCUUUAGAUCUCAAUUCAGUUCUGGAGAAGAAGGGGCUACACCUGGUCAACAAGUACCAUACAAGAAGGCCCGAAGUGCACCUCCUUUAAUCAAAAGAAAACCCCAGAGCACGUUAUAUGCAUCAGUUAGGAGCUCAGGCUAUGGAAAACCCAGCUCACCACUCAAGAUAUUUUCUACUCUUGAAAAGAAAUCUUCGAAGGAUAAUAUGAAAAGCAAAAACUUGAGAUCCAUUCCCACCUCAAAUCAAACUAGGAAAAAAGAAAUCUUAUCUGGAACAAAACUCAUCAGGCCUGCUCCAGCUUUGGAUAAACCAGCUCUCAGAAAUAAAAUUUCCCCGACUAUUCCUAAGAAUGCUGAAGAUCCUACGGAAACUGAUUCCUGUGUUCAAUUUCAGAUUGAUUCUUCAGGAUACCCUGGUGGGAACAAAGAGAAAGAACUAUUUAUGUUUAAGAGAGUUCAGGAAGCAGAGGAGAAAUGGAAGGGUGCGCAAGCCCUGAUUGAGCAAAUUAAAAUCACAUUCUCAGAAAAAGAGAGAGAGCUAGAAAAUAAGUUGGAAGAACUAAAGAGACAACAGGAAAAGGAGCUCUUCAAAUUGAAUCAGGACAAUUACAUUCUUCAAGCCAAGUUAAGUAGCUUUGAAGAAGCAAAUAAAAAACAAAAGUGGUUACAUUUUGGAGAAACAGCUGAUCCUGUUACUGAAGAAAAAUUGAAGCAAAUCCAAAAAGAAAUACAAGAACAAGAGACGCUUCUUCAAGGAUACCAACAGGAAAAUGAAAGAUUAUACAAUCAAGUGAAAGAUCUCCAAGAACAAAACAAGAAAAACGAGGAAAGAAUGUUUAAGGAAAAUCAGAAUUUAAUCAGUGAGUUAGCUACCUUAAAAGAACAGAUGCACAGACGUCAUUUCCUGUCUCAAGUAGUUGAAGAGUCAGAGCCCACCAGAAACCAGAGUUUUACAGAUCUCUUAGCAGAACUACGGAUGGCACAGAAAGAAAAAAACAAUUUAUUGGAAGAAAUCAAAAGACUAAAGCAAGACAAACAAGCUCUUGAAGUGGACUUGGAAAAAAUGAAGAAAGAGAGGGACCAAGCCAAAGAUCAGGUUGCUCAUGCCACAGGUGAAAAAUUAUAUGAAAUAAAAAUUUUAGAAGAAACCCAUAAACAAGAAGUCAGUCGGCUACAAAAAAGGUUACAGUGGUAUGCUGAAAAUCAGGAACUUCUGGAUAAAGAUGCAGUGCGGCUUAAAGAAGCAAAUGAAGAAAUUGAGAAGCUCAAACUUGAGAUUGAGAAACUAAAAGCUGAAUCUGGAAACCCAGCUAUUCAGCAGAAGAUACGUCUGAAAGAUAGAGCAGCUGAUGCCAAAAAAAUUCAGGAUCUGGAGCGACAAGUUAAGGAAAUGGAAGGAAUUCUAAAGAGAAGAUAUCCCAAUUCUUUACCUGCUUUAAUAUUAGCUGCUUCAGCAGCAGGUGAUACAGUGGAUAAAAAUACAGUAGAAUUUAUGGAAAAAAGGAUAAAAAAGCUAGAAGCUGAUCUGGAGGGCAAAGAUGAAGAGGCAAAGAAAAGUCUUCGUACCAUGGAACAGCAGUUUCAAAAAGUGAAGAUUCUGUAUGAACAGAGACUAGAGGAGCAGGAGCAGCUCCUUGCCUGCAAGUUGAAGGAAGCAUCCCAGAACCAACUUGACAACUCCUCCAGGGUUAAAGCACUGGAGAAGGAACUGGACGACAUUAAGGAAGCCCAUCAAAUCACUGUAAGAAACCUUGAAGCUGAAAUAGAGGAUCUUAAACAUCAGAAUGCUGAGUUAGAACUCAAGAAAAAUGCUAAAGAUGAUAAAGAUUUCCAGUCUAUAGAAUUCCAGGUGGAACAGGCUCAUGCCAAAGCUAAACUGGCAAGACUUAAUGAAGAACUGGCUGCAAAAGGGAGAGAAAUACAAGAUCUUUCUAAAACUGUGGAGAGGCUUCAGAAGGAGAGGAGAAUGAUGCUGUCAAAUCAGAACUCUAGGGGUAAAGAGGACAUGUGUGCCAAAAGGGUGAGGAAAGAUGUCCUACACCCAAGUAAAGGCAACACUCAUUCUUUCCCUGGGACUCUGGACAACAAGCAUUACCAGCCACAUGCUUUUACUGAUUUCCAUGUUUCAGAGGUUUUGCAGGAAAACCACAGAUUGAAAACAGAGAUGAAGGGACUAAUUUUGGAGCGGAAUGAGCUGAAGAUGAAGUGUGAAGCAGCCGUGAACCAUUUUGAAAAUUCCAUGAAAAGGGUCAAGGAAGACACUGAAGCUCACAUAGCAUCCCUCAAGGCAUCUCAUCAGAGGGAAGUGGAGAAACUCCUUUGCCAAAAUGCAGUAGAAAAUUCUUCUUCCAAAGUAGCUGAACUUAAUCGUAAAAUAGCAACCCAAGAGGUACUUAUAAAACAUUUCCAAAGUCAAGUUAAUGAGCUACAGAGUAAACAAGAAUCUCUUGUAGUUUCUCAAGUUCGGGAAGAAAUCCUACAGAAAGAGAUUACAAAACUCUUAGAAGAGUUGAGAGAAGCCAAAGAAAACCAUACACCAGAGAUGAAGCACUUUAUAGGCUUAGAAAAGAAAAUAAAACAGAUGGAAAUGAGACAUGAACAACGAGAGCAGGAACUUCAGCAGAUAAUAAAGCAAACACACCAAGUAGUAGAAACUGAACAAAACAAGGAAAUUGAAAAGUGGAAAAGACUCGCACAGUUAAAGAAUCGUGAACUAGACAAAUUCCGCACAGAAUUAGACUCAAUAUUAGAUGUUCUCCGAGAGCUACACCGACAGGGAGUGGUUGUACCAGUUGCAUUUACAGAUGAAAUGAAUGCGCCAGAGUUUUACUAGACACUUGAAUUACAUAUGACCUCACGGAGAAGCCUGAAGAUGGAUGGGACUGUGCCACUGUCAGAAGGACAAUUUGUGAAGAUAGGUGUUCCAGUACACAAAUGCCAGAAAGCAAAUGCCACCAAAGUCACCUUACAAAAUAAAUCGUCAUAAACCAAUAAGGAAAAAAAAAAAAUUAUGGUGUAUUUUGCUGAAAAUUCACUAGCAGUCAUAUUUUAAAUGAUUUAUGGACGGGUUUCUAUGUGUCAGAUGAUAAUAACUAAUAAGGUUUAUGGUAAAAGGUCUCACUUAAAUGUUAGAAAUAGAAAGAAAAGAAAAUUGUACAUAGUUUUCCAAUGAUUGGCCAAGUGUAUAGUCUUCAUUUUCCUUGUGACAGAAGAAUAGCUCCUUUUUCUACAGAAAUAGGUAGAGGGAUGUGAGCACGGUGGCAUGGCUAAUCACCUUAAUUGUCAACUGAGUAAAAUUAUAACUUCUGUCCUAGUAGACGGUGAACUCUGUUGUGUUUUCCACUCCUCCUGAGCAGGUGUUUUUGUAUUUGAUAUAAAAUAAAAAUAUAUUUCACAAAUAUUAGGAUAAUUUAAUGUAUCUAUUGUUUAAUCUUUAAAACAAGCUCCAUCUCUUAAAUGCUGGUCCUGUUUUUGGUAAUGCUAAAUUUAUCGAGUAUUUUUUUUCUUUUUACUGCUUAAGAAGUAAUAUUAUGUCCAUUAGGGAAAAAAAUUGCAAAUAUGCAUAAAAACAGCCAGAUUAUUUUUCAGUUCCUGUGGUUUUUCUCUUUUAUUUUGUUUUUGUUUUAGGUUUUUGCCAUAGAGCAUGUGCACUCUCUAGAGAAAGAGGAGAGGGA